ACCGCCAGCCAGUGACGGGCCUAAACAGGAAGUGAGUGCGGGUCAUUUUCGCUCAGAUUCCCUGUUCUCGAAGCGCGAGCGGAGAUUGUUUUGAUCUAAAAACGAAAACAGACGAGUUAAGUUCAUUAAAUGGCUUGCUCUGAUUAAAGGAAGCACUUUGAGGAUGCCAGACUGAAGGCGGAGAUGGAGACAAGGAGCAGUUCCUCUGGUCUCGGCCGUCUCUGGUUGUCAUGAAUCCCGACGCGUCCCCAACAGAUGACCUGAUGGACGACUGGCUCUUCCUCUCUUCCGAUUCUGCCAAUCCUCCGGGCCCGGCAGUGAGCCGGCAGGACCUGGAGACGGAGGACCGAGGCCAACUCAAGUCCAAGUUCAUCUCAGCGUGGAACAGUGUCAAAUAUGGCUGGUCCUUGAAACAGAAAUCCAAGUUCAGCAAGAGAUCUCCAGUGAUCAUGUUGGGACAAUCCUACGAGCUCAAGGAUCACGAGGAGAGGGAGCGUUUCCGCCGCUCCUUCGCGUCUCUGCUGUGGUUGACGUACAGACGGGGUUUCCCUCAGCUGGCGGGCUGCUCUCUGACCAGCGACAGCGGCUGGGGGUGUGUUCUACGCACCGGGCAGACGCUGCUGGCCCGGGGCCUGCUCCUGCACCUGAUGCCGCCAGGCUGGACUUGGUCUGCCAGUCACCACGACCACCACGCGGUGAAAGACGACAUGGACGUGCCCUCAGACGGCGCCGAGCGUGGGGCGGAUGUAAAGGAAGGGCCCAAAAAGAGGGGCCGAAAACUGAGCCUGGGUUCCCUCCUGGACCGACCCAUGGAGGCCACACACAGGAGGGUGGUGUCUUGGUUUGCAGACCACCCCACAGCCCCUUUUGGGAUACACCAGCUGGUGGAGUUGGGCAAAAGCUCAGGGAAGAAAGCCGGGGACUGGUACGGACCGUCCAUGGCGGCCCACAUCCUCCGGAAAGCCGUGGCAGCGUCAGCCGACCUUCCCAAUCUAGUCGUGUACGUUGCACAAGAUUGCACCAUCUACCUGGAAGACGUGAAGGGGCUGUGUGAACGGCCCCCCCCUCAGCCCUGGCGGUCCGUCAUCAUCCUGGUCCCUGUGCGACUCGGAGGACAGGAUCUCAACCCCUCCUACAUCCCCUGUGUCAAAAAACUCUUGACUCUACAAAGCUGCGUAGGAAUCAUCGGGGGCAAACCCAAGCACUCUUUGUUCUUCGUUGGUUUCCAGGAGGACCAUCUGCUGUACUUGGACCCUCAUUACUGCCGGCCAGCAGUGGAUAUAACUAAGGAGAACUUUCCCUUGGAGUCGUUUCACUGUAAAUAUCCCAGGAAAAUGGCUUUCUCUCGCAUGGACCCCAGCUGUACUAUAGGAUUCUACGCUAAAGGCCAGAAGGAGUUUGAGGCACUGUGCACAGCUGUUACUGAGGCUCUCUCCACAUCGGCAGAGACGUACCCCAUGUUUAUCUUUGCCGAAGGGAAGCGUCAGGUGGAGGAGCCGGCCGACGCAGCCACAAACAACACGGCCUACAUCCAGAGGAAGACGGCGCGGAGACGAGUGGACACGUGCAGCAGCAUGGACGAGUUUGUCCUGUUAUGAACAGAAGACGAUCCGGUCCGUGGUGAUUAAUCAUAACUACUGAGGAAUAAAACAAACAACGGGAAAAAAUGAUGAGGCCAGUUAUCAUUCACGACACUACUAUAUUUUUUUAUUGCUGUUUUGGUCUCAUCUGUAUUUGUAUUUAUUGUUUUUAAGAGAGAAACGGUGGAUUGAAGGACUUUAAGAGUAUUUUCUAUGUUGCCAUCUCAGCCAAAAUAUAUACGAGGUCAUGGUGCUUUUCUUUUUUACUUUAUCUAGUCAGGAUAAUGUAAAAAGAAUAUGAACAAGAAGCGUUACUAUGAGAUGCACAAGCUCCCGCUGUCUGAUGUCAUGUGACAGGAUGUCUUUUAAAUGGAUUGGAAAGUUGGAUUGCUGCAAACAUGUGACUCGCACAUAAGACAAGCAGAAAGCGUACAGCUGUACUUGAGGUCCAAUGUUGUCAAUGUGCUCUUUUUCAGGAAAAAAAGGAGCCUUACGUACUAAUAAUAUUCUCAUGAGCUGGAUUAUUUUUGCUGUUUUUUUUUUAUCUGAAUAAACACUUUAUGAAGAAGAGA